AGGUUUAAUUUUUCCGAUAGGUCCUCCAGCCAAUGUACGAUACAUCAUCAAGACCUACUUUCGGUGGUGGUCGUAGACGAGGUUCUUCCAUUCACUUGGUCUUCUUUUUAUUAUUCUUAUUCAUCAUAGCUCCGGCCUCUGGGUGGACGGCGGCAGGGAGUGAUCCUAUAAUAACGUUGCCAUCCGUUAAUGACGGUCAAAGGAUGAACCUUAUCGGGAAAGCAUCAGUGAUGCCGGUGGGAGGCCCCUUCGUGAAACCUUAUCACCGCGGAGGGAUCAUCAGCAACACUCCACCAUCCAUCAUUUUUCUAGUCUUGGCAGUAGUUCUGUAUUCCCAAGGCACCACGGCAGCAGAGGAAGAGACGGCCCAACAUGGUUCCUUGCAAGAGGCACACGACGCUCCACCCGGUCAGUUUAGACGGGACGGCACCAGCAAGGACAGCAGUCACCAUACCUGGCAGCUGUCUCUGUAGAGGUAGAAGUCUCAUGUUUAAGGAUAGUUCCGGUCCAUGGCAUGGAGGAAUCCUCUAAACCCAUGGUCAUCACGAUAGCCUUCUUCAUAUCAUUCUUCCGGACCCACCGAGGUCUUGUAUAGUACCAUAUGUUAAACGUACCACUCCAUCGCUACUUUCGUCGAGGGCAUUUUUGUAUCGGCCACAUCUACCUAUAUAUAGCAUAAUCUGAUAAUGUAAAUCUCGUAUAGACGUCCGAGUAUGCUAUGCUGCAUUCUAACUGGACAGGUUGACGUGGCUCGUCAAUUGUGAAGGCCCUCUCGUAUUCUGCAAAUGUUGGUUCAUCUUGGGCUAUAUCUCUCAUCACAUAUUCCGUCCUUGAGUUCACCUCUUCCCCUCAUAUCUUCACAGUGGUCAUUUUCCAUGUCUCGACUACUGCUGCCCCAUCGAAGCCCCUUCGGGCCGUCCUUCUUUCUGAUGGUCUCAAUCAUCGCAUGUGUUGCCUUCUCAGUCUCCUCAUACGGUACGAGGUCUGAAGCUGUGUCUUUGCCCGUUACCGUUAAAGGGGAGGAGCUCUUCCAUUCCACGGUCAUUGAACCAUACGAUGACUUAUUCCCAAGGACCAUUCAUGCUGUGGUCAGUCAACGCGGAUUUGCUAUCCGAUCACUAUCGGAUGUUCCUCCUUCCCUCCUACUUCUUUUGGUGUUAUCUUUACUAUACCUCGGUGGUAAUAGUAACACUGCUGCCGUUGGUCGGGACGAUGAUGACGCCAACAGGGGCGGUGUCGCAGUAGCAUCAACAUCAUCGUGAAGAAGGAUGCCACCCUGUCAGCAGCUCUGGCAUGCAUGUCGAUGUUGGAGUCGGGAUGGUUUUGCCUCGACCGUCGAAAGGCAGCGACUGUUAGGUGUACUUCCGAAUAG